CCGCGCUCUGUUCGGUUUGUUAGGCCGAGUGGGGGAACUCUUGUGUGUUUGAGGCUUUUUCUUUUUAUCGUUCUCGCGCCCCCCCACUCCUAGACCACUUUCCUCUGCCAGUUUGUUCUUGAGAGGAGAGGGAGCUACCAGACAGUUGUUGGUGGUGGUUGUGCUUGCUGGGGGCAUCGGCUCUGGUGCAUGUCUUCUUCACAUGUCCUCUUCUGCAGCGCGUUUCAUCUUGUGUUCCCGCGUGUGCGACGACGAUGGUUCUGGUUGCCGUUUGUAAUGUGGCUGAUAGCUCGGUGAGAUCGUGGGUGUGCUGAUUGGUGCGAGGCGCUGCUCGCUGGAGGAGCGAGUGCAUGCCAGGAAGUGCGAGAGAGUACUUGUUGAUCCGGGUUCGGACGAGUACGUGGUGCACGCCGACGACGGGCAUUGUUCUUCGAGACCCGUGAGCGACGUGGUCGGUGCUGCCGGCGGAACUGGACGAGUAGCCGGCGUUUCUCGACUGUGCCGCUGUUGCUGCCGCGGCGAUCUGCAGCUGUCGCCUACAACGUCUCCUCUCGGCCUACGCGCGCCGAUGGAUGUUUGCUGCCAGCUGUUCGAAGGAGUGGUGCCGACUUGCGGUGAACGUGCCGUGCCUUGGGGGCUAGAGGCAGCUGUUGUGUGUUCAGUUAUUUUCGCCCGAAGCUCAAGAAAGUGUGAUCUCCAAUGCCAUACGUGGCUUUAAUUGCCUGGAGUUGUUAAGGUCAUCGUCAUCAGCCUCGUCUCAUGUGGAUAAGCGUCAGCGAUCAAAGGCCAAACCGAUAUUGACUGUGGUGAUUUUAGUGGUCUCGUUACUACGGUUAUCAUCGUCGGGGUCUAGCCGUUGAUGCUCUCGGUGAAUGGAAUCUUACUGGGAACUAUCUUCGUCGCCGAGAGAGCGAUCUUCGAAGAAGCUUGCAAAGUGGUCCGUUUCACUUGGGUGGGCAAGAUAUUCAUCCGGAGGAAGUAGAUAAUCGUUUCUUUUUUUCCUGCUGCACGCGCUGUCUGCCGCGCCCGUUUUCGCGUGAAAAGGAAAAAGAAGAAAGAGGUGGAGGCUCGUGCCUUUCUGAAUAUGGAGGGCGUCUCGCGGAAGACUUCGACGGCGUUGCGAAGGAAGUCCUCUUCCCUGCUGCUGCUUCUUGGCGUGGGAACUUCGUCUUUUGAGGCGAGUGUCGUUGUCGGUGUGACGCCCACUUUAUCUGCUUAGAGCUGCGCGGCGUCGGUGACACGUUACCAUGUCCUCGUCGUGGAGGAAGAAGAUGCGGGUCAAGUGGAACCGUGGCCUGGACGGGAGUUCGGGCUCGAGUCGUGAAGAGCCCUUGGGUGUCUUCGAGCGUCAGGGGUCUCUGCGGAAGCCGUCUUCUGUCGCCGGCAAGGAGGAACCGUUCAAACGGAGCUGGUCCUUCCGCCUCGGUGGCAAGGACACCAAGGACGUCAAAGAGGCGAAGGACGGCAAGGAACACGGAGACAAGAGCAUGUUUCUGCGCAUGUUCAGGUUCGGCAAGGACAAGAGGAAGGCAUCGCUAGAUGGUGUCGUCCUUCCGUCUAGGCGACGGAUGUCCGACGCCGGUGGUACGGCGACGUCAUCGGCGGCGAACGACGUCAUUAAGGAAGAACUGUCCCAGUGGUCUUCGGUGCCCGUCGAGUUGAGCGAAUCCCCUGAGGUCCAGCGUCGCCAGGAGAUUGUCCUGAUGAGGGCCCACACUCUGCCACGGUCCCUGGACGCUCCUCCCGUUGGGGGCGGCGGUGACGGCGUGGAAGGAUCGCAGGUUAGCGACGGCAACGUCUGGGGCGUCAUCUACUGCGACCCCAGGCCAGAUUCUGGAGGAGGCGGCUUUAAGGUGCCGAGGGUCAAGUUGGAGUCGACGCCUAGAGAAGGCGCCAAAGAGACGCCGACGCCUCGGGAGUCGCCUGCGAACAACGAGGCCGCGGAAAAUGAGAAAGUGCUCUUUUCUGGCGCGGUGGUUCCUCAUUUUCUGCGCCCUGCGGACGAAGAGGACGGAGGCCGAGAGCGAGAGGAGGAUAAGCGUGGCUUGAAAAAGUUGCUGCUCAACGGUAACUGCCUCGCUGGCAGUGAGCACGGAGCGGUCGCUGCGCUCGGCGGUCGGGAGGCAGUCGUGCUCGAGGAUUCUAGCGGCUGCGCUCCGAUGGACUGGAAGGAAGACGCUCUUCAGAGUGCGCACGAAGCCGUCGAGAACGGCAACGGGUGCGUGGAUUCGGGCUGCUCUCGAGACCUUCAACUAUGCCCGGACAGUGCUGACAUUGUCGCCGUGAAUCUAAAUGACUGCGAGUACGACGAACCUGCAUCCAACGCGAUUUUCGUGGUUGAGGUGAACGAAGGUUACGAAGAGGAAGAAGUGAGCGAUGAAAGCGGUCCGCAACCCGAGAGCAUUCCAAGCUGUCACCCUGACGGCGAGCUGCCGUUACCCGAUGCUCAAGACCAGCGUCUUCAGAACGGAUAUGCUAACAAUCCUAUGACAAUGUUGGGCUGCACCAGUGCCCGGAAACUUACGGACUCUGCAGAGUUAGCAAUGGACGCGAAACCCAGGAACCAGGAUUAUAAGUCGGAGGACGACUGCGAUUAUGUGUUUUCUGCUGCCGUGGACCCUUCGGGUGAUGGUCGACAGAGUCGCUGUGGUUCGGUGUCCACCAACUCAAACUGCGAGGAGUGUCCGGCCCAAGAUGAAUUCGAGUUUGUCGCCGCUGAGCCGUCCGACGCAAAGCGACAUCGAAGGACGAGUCGCGACACGAUGUCGCCGCCCGUGUCGGAUGUUUCCGAUGAUGAGUUUCCGGCCGACGAGAGGGCAAGCUUUAUCUACCUCAAGCCGGACUGUCCACGGGAGUCUGUCGAGUCUCCCUUGUCCACUCCCGACGAAGCGCCCGUUCGCAGUCCCCUUUGCGAUGCCACUGGUAGUGACGUCCAAGAUGAACAGCGACUACAUGUGAACGGAAUUCAGGGAAUUUGCAGCGACUCGGACUUGGAUCUCGUUGAUCUGGACGAGGACUCCGCAGGAGCCGAGGAAGAACGGGAAGUCAUCAUCGUGGGCCACCUUGCGGACACGUCGCCGACUGACCGCUACGUCGUCCCGAACGCAAUGGUAGAAGUUCUGGACUGUUGCGAAUCGAAUGCGUCGGUUGAUCUGACGGCAUCUCAGUUGCUGACGGUGCCGCCAGAGAUUCGUGUCAACGGCGUUGAGGACAUUUGCCCCGUCAUCGAAGUCGAGUCUGACAAGAGUAUGUCGCGUACAAUAGAUUGCCCAGAAAAUGGCCCUCUGCGACGCCCUGAGCCACAGCAAGUGGACGAGCCAGCUACAGAAGUUGACGGUCACCGCACACCAGAGCUGGAGGGAGAAGUGAGCCUGAAAGAUAAAAUCAAUUUCUUCAAUUCGAUGAGUUCCGGGGGAGGUUCCGUCGAACCGCCCGUACCCACUAGUAGACGUGGCCGCAUGGUUUCGAGGAUUCCGACCGCCUCAAGACUCCCUAGACCCAGCGCCAAGUUCGUAAAGAAAGAACCGUGCGCUCCGGCACAUACUCCAGUACCGGCCAAGCGGUCCCGACUCGGCAAAAGAACUGCCCUGAUACCGCAACCGAGUACCAGAAGCCAUGCCCAGCAGAAGCAGCCUGGUACCAAUGGCGCAGAAGCCGAGACGUGUCCCGUGAAGCCUUCGAGUGCCAAAAUGAAGGCGGUUGUGAAGCCGGUUGUGCAAGCACCGAUGGUACCCCUGGCUCAGGAAUCCGUGGAAAUCAGCGCGUCUGCCGCGCCAGAAGGUCCAGGACAGCUGAAGCGUUCUGGGACCUUCGUCCUCGAUGACUCUGAGCCGAUGCCGGAAGCCCAGCCGGAGUCCCCAGCUCCCAGGUGCGAAACAGAGUCCACUGCAACAGCCGCGAGGCUGAAAGACGAUGGUGUCGAGUAUCAAACGCUAGCGAUCGUCGAAGACGUCGAGAUGCGUGUGACGAACGACGAAAUAUCCACGGCGGUGUUUUCCGUGUGCUCCGUGCAAGUGCCCGUUGUGGAUUCCACCGAGACGACCGAAGUGAGCGACGAGAACCUUGACAUCUGCGUGUGUUGCCGAGAAGCCAAGAAGGGUGCCCCCGGCUCGGCAGCCCGAGGUGCUUCGUCGCCAGUGUCAGGAUACCGGUCCAAGGUCGGCUCCGGGCCAGCCGGCCAUGUGCCGAGCCAAGCCGAGUUCACCAAAGAGAUCCAGCGGCUGGGAGCGUUGUGCGAGUCGCGCACCAAGGAGCUCAACCUGCUCAAGCUGCAGCUACGCCAUGCCUCCACCGGGUUCACGUCGUUUGGCAUCGUCAUCCAACAUCUGUCCGAAGUGCAGCAGCACGACUCCUUCACCAUUCCAAAACUCUCGGAGGAGCUCCGGAAGUCCCGGCUGGAGAUUGAGCAGGCCCGUGCAGCUAUUGAACAAUACAAGGUGGACAUUGAGGAGAUGAAGUGCCACCAGGAGGAGAGGAUAGAGGCGAUGAAAGGGGAGCUGGCAACCAGCCACACUGCUAAGCUCAAAGAAUUGGAAGAAGCCCACAAGAAUGAGCUGGCCUGCUAUCUGGAGUGCCACACCAAGAAGAUUGAGGAACUGAAGUCCCUGUACACCGACAUCAUCGAAGGGGAUCGCAAAAGUCACCUGGAAACCAUGGACUCACUCAAGCAGAGGCACCGUGAGAAGAUAGAUGCGAUCAACGAGGAGUACACGAUCGAGCUGGAGUCGAUCAACCAGGACCAUGCAGUGCGUCAGGCGGAGCUGGACUCCAAGCAUGCCGAGCUGCUGCAGCAGUACAAGACGCUCCAGAACCAGGCCAAGGAGUUCCAGGAAUCUGUGCUCCAGGACACGGACACCAAGAUUCAGUGGCUGUCUAAGAAGAACAAGGACCUCGAGAAGGAGGUGGAGAGCCUCAACGUGGUGCUCGAGAUGCGCUCGGACAAGAUCCAGUCACUCCAGCACUGCAAGUUGGAGAUGGAGAGGAAGGGGGAAGAGCUGGAGCGGUGCAGAGUCAAGAUGGAGAAGAUGGAGGCCCGGAUCGAAGACCUGCAAGAACUGCUCAACGAGAAAGUGAAGCUGCAGAGCCAACUGUCCGUGGAAAACGCGAAGCUGCGCGAGACGUCUGAGAAGCAGAACCGCAAGCUCUCCCGGCUGGACAUGCGCAACGAGGAGCUCAGCUACAAGUUGCGAGAAUCCGCAAAUGUCUCCUACGUUCGCGAGGGUAACCAGCCACGGUCCCGCAACAGCCCGCAGAAGCGGUUCUCGGUGACUGACCCGACCUCCAUGUCCCAGUCCUGGCACGCGGACCGUUCCCGGCCCAGUGCCGGUCGUAUUUCCACGUCGACGCCGCACGUCCACCUGCACUCGCAGACACUUCCACGCAGCCAGGCGACCCUCACCGACGAGUUUCCGGACAAGCGCAAGAUCCGCCGGAGCAUGUCAGAGUCUUCGCCUCCAGAAGACAUCCAGAUCCAACUCUUUGGAGCAUGCUGCAAUCGGACGGACGACUCAGUGGAUGAAGAGGCGGCAGACGAUGACGGCGGCAGCUGCUGCUACAGCGGUCCGAAGUGUUCCCAGGACGACUUGCUGAGGCUGACAUGGGUGAAGGAAGACCCCGACCUUCAGAACGGCGCCGAGAGCCUCCACAGCCCGGAAGCGAUGGGUUCGUCCUGACACAGCCUCCUGGGCACUCCGUCGACGCCGUUGCCGCGACGUUCUGCCGGAGAAGCCAUGGCUCCCGAAGACGAGACGGCAACAUCUGCUUCAACGCGGCGCUGAUUUUUUUUUUAAGAAGUCACUGGUGCGUGUACUUAAGUCCGAGCCUUUCCGGAGCCCACUCCGUCGUCGGCGAGUAGUGCAGCGAGCCGAGCGGCGUCUGAAAAGUUUUGCCGCGUGCUAGGCAACGUCGGCGGCGGCGUCUGCAACAAGACGUCGUCUGCAGCGGGAUGUCGUCUGCUACAGAUUGUCAUCUGCAACGUCCGCACACCGACAUUGUUUGUAAUGAGUAGUCUGCUAAACUUUGUUGUCUGCUACGUCGUCUACAAGGCAGCCUGCGAAUGCCAACCGGUUUGCUUUUUGGUCUCCGAGCUGUGAUGGACAUCACCGCAAGCUACUAGUCAGACUGAAUCUUGCUGGGUGUAAGUUCUGCGUUUCGCAUCCGGCUUGGUCUACGAGACUUUUUUCGUGCUGCUAGAUGGUCCGCCAACAUUUCGCUUUUGUUCCUUUUUUUUUGGUAUGUUGUGAGAGACUUUGCGGGACCAGGCUGUGGUCAGAGCCGAAGGUUACGUUUUUAGCUUUCUUUACUCGAAUUUUUGUUUAACAUUGUGUUUUUUUGUUUGUUUUUUUCUUUCUGUCUAUAAAUUAUUUUUUCUCAAUUCUACGUUAGAGUUGGGUGACAGUGAUUUUCACUUUUUUUUGGCAUGUGUUUGGAUCCAAACUGGCACCAAACUUUCAACUUGUAGCCUGUUGUGGAAGUUUUUGUCUUUUUUUUUUUGUCUUUUGAAGAUUUAGAGUUUAUGAGCAAUUGAGCUUUUAUCACUUAUUAUAGUUAAUUUUAACUUCAAAUUAUAGUAAGGGAAAAGUGAGCUGUGAUAGUGACUAUCAAGGCUUGGGUGUUUAAGUGGGGGUGCCAGUUUAAUGUGGAUGGUGGCAGGUGCCUCUCUGCAAAGUGUAAAGCUGUUUCCUUUCAAGGCUGCUUUUUCCUCCACUUUUUCAUAUUUUUAAAGAAAGUCCUGAGCUUAACAGUUGACAGGCGACGAGGUUUUAUGUGGACGCGACUUGAGGCGUCUCCUCUGCAGCUAAAACGUAGCGGCAUGCGCAGCUUCCCACAUGAAUAAUGGUGCACCCAGUAUUGUAAGCAUGCCCCAGUUUGAAUGAUUUUUGUGCGAUUUUCUUUUUUUGUUUUAGCUACUCACAAGGGUUUUGUAUGUGUAUACAUGAAGAUGGUUGCGUUUUAAUUGAAUGUGAUUUAUUGUGUUCUGUAUUACUCUUGAUUGUGUUGCAAGUGUACUUGAGGAUAGUUGUCUUUUAAUUGAAAAUUAAAAUAUUGAUGUUGC